AUCACAAUCUUGUAAACCGUCUCUUCAUUGCCCAAGUCCCUCCAGAAUCGACCUUACAAUGCCUAGAAUGUUUCGGGGUGUAAAAUCUAGACCGAGCUGGUAUUAUCGUGUCCAAGGCCUAUUGACAGACCGCUAUCACCGUAGAGAAAACAAUUUGUGCGACGACGACGAGCCACGCCCUGAAGAUUAUGAUGAGGAUCUUUCUAGUGUUUUCACUUUCUCCUGCGCCUCUAGAAAUGGCUGUGAUUAUGUCACCGACGAUAUUUGCGAGUAUCACAUGAAAUUGACACGGAAGGCCCAGAUUCAGACAAAGAGCUCGACAAGAACGAUCCCGAUGACAUCAAGUACCUCGAGAUGAAGAUGGAUCGGCGCUGCCGCAAGAGAAUUGCGAACACCGAAGCAAUGGAAGGAAGAGAUGAGGGAAAAGCGCGAGAAAUACAGAGAGCAAAUGAACGAGGAAUCAAGAGAGGGGAGGAGGAAGGAACCUCAGAAGAUUAAAGUCUCUGAGGGUGCGGAAAAGGCCGGAGAUCUCUGGGAAUAGCACAUCAAGCACCUCCCUGAGCUCGCUCCUGCGAUGUGCAUCAAGUUUAGCAGCAGAUUCGAUGGCGGGAAGCUCAACGAGGAACAGAUUCGGACGCUGCGAGCUAAAAAGCUCUCGGGCCAUAUACAUCUACUCUCAGAUACUGCCUUUGACUUGGACAAAUUCACGCCAACGGAUUAUUGUAGUACCAAAACCCACAACCUGGGAGCAAUCCGGGAGCCGGCAUAUGUCCAGCUCUUCAAUGAAAAUUACUUGGCUCUUAAGAUCAGGCGCGAGUUGGUAUUUGCGAAUUUUGAUAUCGAUGAUAUCCCUUGCAACGCACCGUCGCGUUUUACAUACUACGGUAUCAGUGAGAGAUGCACGGCUGAUAAGGAAAAGCUGGGAGAGGAAGAAUCGGAGACUGAUGAAGAAAGCGUAACAGAAUGAGUGGACCUCCUUUUCAUGGGGGAAAGUGGAGAGGAUCUUUAUUUUCACUUGUCCGAAGUGG